AUGCAGGAGUCCUAUAUUACGUUAUUAAAUCACGAUUCGAAUCUGUACAAAGCCGUCGAAAAUAAUAUACGAGAGUUGGGCUCAAAUGAAUUAAAAAAUGGAUUUCAAGAAAGUAAGAAUGCUCUAAAUGAAUUUAUGGAAUAUGAAUUAUCAAAAACACAUAUGAAACAAUUCACUGACUUAGCUUCAACUAAACUUCUGAAAUAUGUUAAAGAAACUUUAGACACGGCAGAUCAUCUGUUACUAUUUGAUUUUAAAGAUCUGUCACUGGAAAAUUAUAAUAAGAAACUGAAAACAAAAAUGUGGGAUCGAACUUAUCCAGAACAACGUUAUCAGCUCACAUAUGACAAGGCUAAUUUAUUGCGAAGGACAAUACUGAUAAUGUAUUGUUCACAAUUUUUUGACGACAGUAAAAAAACAUUUCGUGAUCGUUUUCUUUGCUCAACAAUUGCCUCCGAUUGA